UCGGUAUAUACAGAAACUGGAAUUUGCUCAGUAUAAAAAGCCGACGUAUUUAAGGAGAUCGGCACCCUCUUUUCCCCCAAAAGAAACCUACAACCUAAAAAAAAAACACACACACAACUAGGGACAGUCGGACAGACGAAAAACAAAACCCUCCAAAAUCCCAAGAGUCCCAAAAAUCCCUAUAUAUUCCAAUCCUUGUCCUUGUUGGUCUCGUAAUUCUGCGUUUAUUAGAAUUGUUCGAUGCUUCUCCCGUUCAUAAUCGGAUCCACUUCAGCUAAUAUUAAAUGCUCUGUUUCUUUGUUUCUUCCUAUUUCAUGUCUGCAGCAACAAGGCUAAUUUUUCAUAAGUUCCCUAUAAAGUUGUCUGCUUUAGUGGUUUUUGAGUUCCAGCCUACACUUCUCUGCACAGCAUGAGUGAUUCUAAGGUAUUUUUAUUUGGUUCAUUUACUGAAGAUGAAACGAAGUCAUUGCUGAACCCGCCAUCUGGUUGUGAUGCUAAUAAGCGCGUGGAAGAAAAGGUGCUAGUUAAUUCCUCAAAAUUGGUGCCUGAGUUAUCUUUUGGAAGUUUCAGCAGUGUAUCCAAUUCUCAACCUGAUUCUUCCAAAGAGAAAGUAGGCUCAGAUUCCUCUACUAUGAAGGAGCCGAAAGCUGGGCAUGAGAAACCAAAGACAGAUAGCUUACUCAGAGAGAUCAAACAGAAUGGAGAUGUCCAGAAUGAUUACUACGGCAAUGGACAUGAAGUAUCUGCAAUGGUACACAAUAUCGGCUUUAGCAAUUUAUGUGUGUCAGAAGAUGAGGGUAAAACCAUUAACAAUAGCACAACUGGACGAGAUGAUGGUGCACUAUUAAAUAAAGGAAAUUCGAAUGGGCCCACUAGCAAUUCAGCAAAAAGUGCACAUUCAGGACAAGCCCCUCUGGAGGUAUCUGGUGGGCCUCUUGAUGUUGCAGGCUUACUACCUCGCGGUUUAAUCAACUCAGGGAACUUAUGCUUCCUUAAUGCUACAUUACAAGCUCUUUUGUCAUGUUCACCUUUUGUUGAGCUUUUGCUAAGUCUAAGGAUACACAGUUUUUCCAAGGUUGAAUAUCCAAUGUUAGCUGCAUUUGUGGGGUUUCUUUCUCAGUUUACUGUUCCUGGUUCUACAAAUUUAAUGAAGAAAGAUGCCACCAGUAUUGAAGUCGGUACGCCCUUCAGCCCAGCAAUAUUUGAAGCAGUUCUGAAGAAAUUUACUCCUGAUGUGCCUAAAGCCAUUUCCGGCAGGCCAAGACAAGAAGAUGCACAGGAGUUCCUGAGUUUUGUAAUGGAUCAGAUGCAUGGUGAAUUACUAAAGCUUGAAGGGCAAUCGAGUUCAAGUGGGAAAAAUUCAUUACUUGUUUCAUCAGAAGAAGAUGAGGGAUGGGAAACUGUUGGCCCAAAGAACAAAUCUGCAGUCACGAGAACUCAGGACUUUGUUCCUUCAAAAUUAAGUGCAAUUUUCGGAGGGCAGUUGAAAAGUGUUGUUAAAGCAAGAGGGAACAAAGCCUCUGCCACUGUUCAACCAUUUUUCGUGCUCCAUCUUGAUAUUUCACAUGAGGCUGUUCGUACCAUUCAAGAUGCUCUCCGUCUAUUUGCUGCUCCAGAGACACUCGAGGAAUAUAGAACAACAAUAGGAAAGUCUGGAUCAGGUAGUGCCAGAAAAUCCAUCAGCAUACAGACACUUCCUAAGAUGAUGAUUUUACACUUGAAGCGGUUCGGUUAUGGAAGCCACGGAAGUACUAAACUGCUUAAACCGGUGCAAUUCCCUCCUGAACUAGUGAUAAGCCGUGAUUUACUUGCUAAUUCGACUACUGAGGGUCGACAAUAUCAACUUGUUUCCACAAUAACCCAUCAUGGGAGGGAAGCUUCUAAGGGGCAUUAUACUGCCGAUUGUCGCAACCAGAGUGGGAAGUGGUUGCGAUUUGAUGAUGCCUCUGUUACUGCUGUUACCAUUAAUAGAGUGCUGCACGAUCAAGCUUAUGUUCUAUUCUAUAAACAAGCAUAGGCAACACGUCUUAAUCCAAUCAGGUAACCGAGCGUGAGAGAAGACAUUCUGAAGUCAUUGGACAUUGCCACACCUCAUGCAUCUGCACUACUGUCGCUCCAUUGUGUUAGAUAGUCACUAUUGUGUUUUCAUUUACAUGGUCAUCAGGGAAAUGAAACAUCCAUUGGCAUCCGGGGCAUGUGGUAAAUGUAUGGAAAUUCUGUUACCAGUUUUGUUUGGAGGUGUUCCUUUCCUAGUCUUCCUUUUUUGAUCUUUGAUUCAUUAUAUUAGGAAAAUUUGACUCUUGUGUAAUGAGAAUGAGGUCGAGAUAUUUCUUUAUACUCUUUGAUAUUCGAGUUUCUCUUUA